CUCUUCUUGGACGCUGCCCCAGCUCAUGGCGUUUCUGUCAUUGAUCAACAAGGGUCGGUCGCUUAUGAUCAUGUAACGAUGCAACAUUAUUAGCAGUUUACGACGAUGUCGACUUGGUCAUCUCGUCCAGACCGACAGACUGACCGACAUCGCGUGUGUGUUUCAGAGACUGCACACGAUGACUUGCCUAACACGGAUACGUUCCAAGGUUGCUAUCAAGUCGCAUGUAUAGGCGAAGUCUAUUUUGUUGCGCAAUCCGGGCGGUUCGGCUCUCAACAGUAAUGACCUUACCCAAGCAUACUAGAGUUGGCUCCUUCUAGUGUCAUGUCCUAUUUGGGCAAUUGAUCUGGAAGUUCAUACAUCAUCGAAGCUGGAGCACUACGACCUACCGCAUUUUGAAUGCGUUCCGAGGCUAUACCGACCUCGGAAGACAAUGGCGUAGCUGGUAAAUGAUUCUAUCGAGGCUGGGACUUUAUGGACUCAGAGCGAAACUCGAUUGUCGAAGUCAUCUUUACGCUUCGCACUGCAAAUGUUUCGUUAGCAAUACGUGCUUGCAUAUCUACGACCAUGUUGCAAGUUACUGACGAAACCGAGACCAAGAAAGGCUCCUGCGAUCUCACAGAGUCCCUUGUGGCAUCUUACCUGGGAAGAAACCCGAGGUCGUUACCAUCCACGCUCCUCUGGGAUGAUGUCGAGCUGGACAUUUACGAGCAAAUCACCCAAUCGCCAGACUACUACCUCACCCGCGCCGAAUCAGAGAUCAUUCGGGACGAGUUCCUCGACGACUGGGUGAACGACGACUGGCCAGAUGAGUUCUAUGUCGCCUACCGUCAGCGCCUCAGCGAGAAGGGCGUGCGCUUACCACCCACGUCGAACCUGCCCACCGGCGCCGACGACAGUGUCCCGUCCGCCUGGCAAAUCUCCUAUUGGCUUGAGAAAAUCAUUGAGAAUGCGGCUCCUUGGUGGCUUCCGGGUGACCUGGAGACUCCAGCAGCUGCGGAGGCCUUACAGACGUCGGCCGCGGUCGUGCGUGAGGGCCUGGAGAUCUUGAAUCAGCGCGCCACUGCCGCCACGCCUGGAAGAUGAAAUUAUAUCCGAUGAGAGAGAACCAAACACGUUGGCCUAGGUGUGUGCACCCUCGCAGAAGGUUUUGCUCAAAAGCGAGCAUCAGCGAACAGUGUCGUCUGGAACUGUCGACAUGGCUCUGAUAGAUAUGUACCGCUUGCCUGUCGCUUUCCACGUAAUGAAAUAAAUAGGGUCUUCGGGUUGUGACAAUUAAAUUUGCAACUCGCUGCUGAAACAACAUCACAGGCUUCACGGUAGCCCUAGCAAGAAUAUGAGCAAGGAACAAUAAAGGAAAGUAAUCUCAGUGCCGAUCCCUUCGUGCGGCGCAGCAGCAGCAGCUCAACUCUAUGCGCAUGCGUCAUCAUAGGGAGAAUCUUUCGACACGCAUUUGUUUUUAAGAACAAGCUGUCACAGCCAGGCAGCGAUCUUCCAAGAAGAGUCGUACACAGUGAAAGUCCAAC